AUGGCAACAAUACCAAUUAUACAAGAAAAUAAUCUUGAAAGUGUCUAUAUGAUUUGGCUUGAUGCAGAAGUAAAUCAAUUACAACACAAUAUUGAUGCUCAACAACAAAUUCAAUCAAUUAUAAAUCAUCUUAAAAUAUUUCAAAAUAUUCAAGAUUGUGAAAAAUAUAUAAAUCAAAUUUCCAAAGAUGAUCGAAUUCUUCUUAUUGUUAGUGGUCAAUUAGGACAAGAAAUAGUACCACGAAUUCAUCAUUAUCGACAAAUUUUUUCAAUUUAUGUUUAUUGUAUGAAUAAAGCAAAAAAUGAAGAAUGGGCAAAACAUUUUCAUAAGAUAAGAAGUGUAAUUACUGAAUUAAAUGACUUAUUAAAUCAAAUUCAAUUAGAUCAUUCAAAACGCAUUGAAAAUAAAGUUGAUGAACCAUUUAUAAUCAAUAUAUCAAAAUUUAAUAAUAUCACAGAUAAAUCUACUAAAGAAUUAAAUGGUGAAUUUCUUCAUUCUCAAUUAUUAAUGGAUUGUCUACUACGAAUGAAACCAAAUAUAACUGAUAAAAAUGAAUUUAUAAGUCUAUGUAAAAAAUUCUAUAAAAAUAAUUCAAAAGAAUUAAAUCUUGUUAAAGAAUUUGAAAAAAAUUAUUCAUCAAAUCAAGCAUUAUGGUGGUAUACACGAGAUUCAUUUAUUUAUCGUUUAUUAAACAAAGCAUUACGUAUUCAAAAUAUUGAUUUAUUAUUUCUUUUUCGAUUUUUUAUUUGUGAUAUUGAAAAACAAUUAAAAUUAUCUCAAUGUUCAUCAUCAAUACAUGUUUAUCGUGGACAAUUAAUAUCAAUUGAUGAAUUAAAUCAAUUAAAAAUGUCACUUGGUGAAUAUAUUUCAAUAAAUUCAUUUUUUUCUACAAGUCUUAAUCGACAACAAGCAAUAAAAUUUUUAAAUGAAUAUAUUUUUUCACAUAAUUUACAAAAAGUUCUAUUUGAAAUCGAUGUUAAUCCUCAUAUAGAUCAUUUAAAAUCAUUUGCAAAUAUAACAUCAAAAAGUUUUUAUACAAAUGAACAAGAAAUAUUAUUUAUGUUUGGUUCAAUAUUUCGUUUAAUAAAUAUAAAACAAGAAAAAAAUGGACUUUGGAUUAUUCAAAUGAUUUUAUCAAAUCAUAAUGAUGAAAAUAUAAAACAAUUAUUUAAUAAUAUUAAAAAUGAAUAUAGUGGUAUUAAUAAUGAAACAAGUCUUCUUUCAUUUGGAAAUAUUUUAUAUCAAAUGGGUAAAUAUGAUUUAGCAGAAAAAUAUUUUCAUCGAUUACUUAAUGAUUUACCAAAUAAUCAUGAUGAUAUUUCAAAAUGUUAUUAUUCACUUGGAGUAUUAGCUUUAAUUAAAGAUAAUUAUGAUUUAAGUCUAAAUUGGCAUAAUAAAUCAAUAAAAAUUUUAAAAUCAAAUGAUCCACAUUUAGCUGAUAGUUAUAAUUGUAUUGGUUGUAUUUAUCAAAAAAAAGAAUAUUUUAAAAAUGCUUUAGAAUUUUAUAAUAAAGCUUUAAAUAUUUGGGAAAAUACAAAAGAAAAAAAUUAUUAUCAAAUAGCUGAUUGUUUAAAUAAUAUGGGUUGUCUUUAUGAAAAAGAACAAAAUUAUUCUAAAGCUUUAGAAUAUCAUCAAAAAGCUUUAUCAAUUCGUAAAAAAUAUUUACCAAAAGAUCAUCCUGAUUUCGGUGCAUCAUAUAAUAAUAUUGGAAAUAUUUAUUUUUGUCUUCAAGAAUAUGAUUUAGCAUUAGAAAAUUAUGAAUAUUCAUUGAAAAUAAAAAUAAAAUCUCUUCCAUCUUAUCAUUCAUCAUUAGCAUCAACAUUAGAAAAUAUUGGACUUGUUUAUGAACAAAAACAAUCAUUUAAAAAAGCUCUAGAAUAUUAUGAGAAAGCAGCUGUUAUUUUUCGUGAAACAUUUUCAUCUACUCAUAGUCAUGUUAUUGAAAUUGAACAAACUAUUAAACGUAUUUUAUCGAUAUUAGAAAUCUGA